AUGAAUAAUGCAAGAGAAAAUACUAGUGUGGAAGUCAAUGAUUGGCUUGAACCACCUGUUGAGGAUGACAUAGGAAGUUUGGUAGGGUUUAAUGAUGAUGAGCUAGUAGUUGUUGCUUCAACAAAGCCAACGUUUAAUAUUCAGACUGAUAUGAGAAAACCAAAGCUGAGGAAGGGAAUGAAGUUUCUUAACUCUAAGGCUAAGGUGUUUAUGGAGGUUUUGAGAGAAUAUGUUAUAAAGAAACUUGUGGAUAUCUGGUUCAAAUUGAAUAAGAAGAACAAGAUAUUUGUCUAUUACAAGAAUGAGCAUGGAUGGAGGAGUUAUGCAUCUACAGUCAGUGGGGAGUUGACCUUCCAGAUAAAGACAGUUCAUCCUGAGUGCACCUACCCUAGAACCUUCCAACAUAGCCAAGUGACAUCAGCUUAUGUUGCUAAGAAGUCUAAGAGAAAAGCCAUUGAUUUGAUUACUAAGGAUGAGUGGCUACAAUUUGGGAAGCUGAGAGACUAUGCAGAGAUGAUAAGGUUGAAUGAUGCGGGAAGUAGGGUUAUUUUACAAACUAAAAUGGAGGAUGAAAAUUCCCAACUAAAAUUUUGGAGGAUGUAUAUAAGGUAUAAUGCACAGAAGGUUGGAUUCUUAGGAGGUUGUAGACCAAUCAUAGGAUUGGAUUGUUGCCACCUAAAAGGAAGAUUUGGUGGGCAAAUUUUGUCUGUCACAGCUAAGGAUGAAAAUGAUAAUAUUUUUCCAGUUGCACUUGUUGUUGUUGAACAAGAGAACAAGGACUCUCGAGUUUGGUUCCUUCAACAGUUUUUAGAUGACAAUGGGAUUCCAAAGCAACUAAAUUUGGUAUUUAUCAGUGAUAGGCAGAAGGGAUUUAUUCUUGCAAUUGAGAUAUUGUUCCAACUGUGGAGCAUAGGUACUGUGUGA